AUGUUGAUUAUAAAAGAGGAUUUGCGAUGUGGAUGGAUUGAUCAUAUUUUUAUUCAUUUCUCUCUCUCCCUUUCGUUCCAGGUUGACCAGCAUUUCCACUACCUGGACAUCCAAGGUGUGGAGAGUCGGAAACCCAAUCAGCUGUGCCUGACCGUGUGCGACCGCGUGUACACCUACUACACCACGCACGAGGAGAACAGCAGCCAUGAGGUGGACACGAUGGUGCUCAGCCUCGGCACGGCGCUCAAGAACAUCUUCCCCGCCGUGCCGCUCACGCACAUCAUCCGCAAGGUGGACAUCCAGCCUCCUAAGCGGAUGCAGCAGCUGGAUGAGCUGGAGCGGGCAACCUUAGGGGGCACCAGGGACAUGGGGCCGUGUGGGGGCUUCUCCACGCAGUACAUGUGCAUGUGCGACUACCACGCCCUGCCAUACAGAGAAGAGGUGGCGUGGGAUGUCGACACUAUCUACCUCUCUCACGACACGCGAGAGCUCUACCUGCAUGACUUCGACUACCUAGAGCAGAAGUAUGUGUGGUCUGUGUAUAUUGAUCAAACUACAGCAUAUGUACACCAUUUGUCUAAUUUUUCUGUUUCUUUCUCCACCAACAGUGAAUUUGCAAACAAGUUGUCUCUAGCGCUUUUGUCCAAUAGCAACAUUCCUCUUCAGAAGCUUGACCUCUCCCACAACCCCAUUGAGGACAAAGGUGCUGUUCACAUCAGUAAUCCCAUCGGACGACAAGCCAAAGGACUUAGUCACCUGAAUCUCUCCCUUUGUGGACUUACUGGAAAGGGUGUCAACAUGUUAGCACAUUCCCUGUCAGUCAAUAAGUACAUGUGUCAGACUUUGACAUUCCUUAGCCUAGCUGGCAACUCCUUACGGGACGAUGUCAACAAUCUUUAUAAUUUCCUAGCUCAACCUAAUGCGCUGAAGACUCUUGAUCUGUCAGCAACAGAAUGUGCCAUCGAUGCUGUGUUUGGAGCAUUAUUACGAGGAUGCACCAGUAGUUUGGCCCACCUGAACCUGUCACGGAACAGUUUCGGCAGCAAGAAGACCCGAGAGAUGCUGCCCUCCUUCAAACAAUACUUCACCUCAACCCUCGCUCUUAAAACCCUCACACUGUCCCAAUGUAAACUACCUGCUGAUGCCCUCAAGAAUGUACUUUUAGGGUUAGCGUGUAAUGAAAACAUCUCUGAGGUGGACUUAGAUUUAAGCAGUAAUCAAUUGGGUGGAACUGGAGCACAAAUUUUGGAGUCCUGUAUUCAUGGUGUUCGAUGUCUGUCAGCAUUAGAUAUCAGUGAUAAUGGUUUAGAAGCUCAACUUGGACCUGUAGUAGCUGCAAUUAGCAAAAACAAAAGCAUCAGGAAACUUAGUAUUGGCCGUAAUCUUAAUAAUAUUAAGAGCAAGCAUGUGUAUCAUGUUAUGGAGUCAGUGGUACAGAUGAUUCAGGAGGAAGAUUGUGUUCUGGAGUCCCUUUCCAUUAAUGACUCCCGGCUAAAGACCGAUUUGCACAACCUUCUAAAUGCGCUGGGGAGUAACCACUGCUUGCAGAGUCUAGAUAUCAGUGGAAAUUAUAUGGGAGACAGUGGGGCACGACUCCUGGCCAAAGCUUUACAGAUUAACUCCAAACUCCAAUAUAUUAGUUAUGAUAGAAACAAUGUCACUUUACAAGGGUAUAGUGAUAUUGCAUAUGCAUUACAAAGCAACUACAGUGUCAAGUUUCUGCCAUUCCCCGUUCACGAUGCCAUGUUGUGCAUGAAGACGGCCCCUGAACGGACAGAAAACCUCAUGCGCAGGAUACAGGACACGCUCUAUAGAAAUGUGUCGCCCAUGAAGUAUUCUAAUGGACAGGCGUUCAGAUUACAACAGGGAUUCCUCUUAAGUUCAACUCAGCAGCAGGUAGACAGGCUGGUGCUACAGACGGGGGAGGCCGUAAGGACCUUGCGACGGUCAGGCAGCGACCUCGUUGGUGCAAACUCGCUGCAGUGGGCUGAGGGGCUCAUCACAGACGCAGACAGCUCCAAGCAGAAUGAACAGACAACGAAACGAAUGAGAGAUACAAAGCGGACGAACGAAGAAAAUAACAAUCAAAAUAAAACAAUCAUUCAGAACAGAGAAAAAAACAACAACAACAACAAAAGGUAAACAAAAAAACGUACAAUCAGAAAAGAGUAAAAUAGAGAGAGAGAAAAAAAAAAAACGCCCGCGGAGUUGAAACAGGCCGAGAAAACCCCUUCACGGUCUGAGGAUUCUCGCCUUCGCUGAGUGUGACCCUCGCGGAGAACUCGCCAUGAACGCCAACGAGGUCUUGACGGCCCCCACCGAGGUCAACCUCAACCAGAGGGCGCUCUCGGGGGAUGACAACAACAACAGGAACAGCAACAACAACGACCCGGGCGGCAACAACAAUAACAACAACAACAAUAGCAUCGACAAUGAUAGCAAGGUAAGAGGUGGAGAGAAUCUGUUCUUGUUGGGCGGGAAGCAUGGGCGUUGAGGAAUAAAAUUGCA